ACCCGUUCUCUCCCUCCUCUAUCAUGUGUUAGGGUUUUCUUCGAAACAUUUCCAGUAACAUUAUAAUGGCGUUUUGGUGGCUUUGGAUAGUUGUAACAUUAGCUUAUAUCAUCCUUAAAAUCCUGUUAGCAAUUUAUUAUUAUUUUGUCCGGGAAAGACCUCGUAAUGUUCCUUCUACUGCUGAUAUCAAAGUUUUCGAUGUGUCGUAUGAUGGAAAGAAAACUCGGGGUAAACGAGGAAAUGCCUCGAAAAAAGGCUCAUCUGGUAAGGAAGAUAUAGAUGCAGAAAAUGAACUUUUGAAGGAGACGAAGCUUCAAAAGAUAGCCUCAAUUCUGAAAUACACGGGUAGCAUCAUUGCGACAAUGGUGGAAAGAUCAAAGCAAAUACGGACCGAUGGGCAUUCAGGGAAUAACCCCCCCUGCCUGGAACCUACACCAGAACAUAACAUUAUCCUAGAAUUGCUUUACGAGUGUGGAUUGGUCGAGCCCACCAUGGGACAAAUGGAACAAAUAAUUAAACAGCUCAGUGAGUAUGGAAGGAUCGAAGGUACUGGUGGUGUGUCCCAAUGGUUCCGAGCACGUCAAGCCGAGGAGAGACGGGAGCAGGCAUCAAGCAGCCUCAUCCCAACAAGUACGGAAGGAUUGAAGCCUAAUAUCCGUGGGAUGGACAUGGACAAACUUCUUUCCACGGAACGGCUACUUUCAGAGCCCGAGAACCUGCCAACCGAAAGCCAAUGGAGACCUACAUCAGAGCAGAAAAGUAUUCUAGAAUUGCUUUACGAUUGUGGAUUGCGCUGCCCCACCAUGCAACAAAUUAUACAGAUAACCAAACAGCUCAGCCAGUGUGGUAAUACCGAAGGCAUCGAUGUAUAUGGAUGGUUCCGAGCACAUAAAGCCGAAGAGAGACCGGAACAGGCGUCAAGUAACCUAGUCCCGACAAGUACGGAAGAAUUGAAACAGAUUGAAACGUCUCCCACAUCAUCUGGAGUUACCGAGCGGGAUAAGGGAAAAGCAAUUGCAGUUGAAGAUAAAAGUGGAACAGGAAAAGUGCGAAUACCAUCAGAAAUAUCUAGUCAUGUAAGCCAAGAGCAAGAAAACAGUGACAACUCUAGGUAUGAUAGCACUGGCAAACGGUUGCCUAUCAACAUCGAAAAACAAAGGGAGCAAAUUCCAGAUUCCGAGGGAAACAUUGAUGUCAGGGCCAACAUUAUUUUCCUGGAUAGGGAUCAUUUAGAAGAGUCUGAUCCUCAUAUCCCGAAUCAGCAAGAAACAGUGUCUCCUUCGGCAACUUCGACUGAAGGGGAAGAGUCUCGAUCUGGAGGUCAAAAUAGUACGGAAGCCGUUCCUAAGAGACGUAGAUGGUUUAAACCGUUCUCAUGGUGGCAGAGAAAAUGAUCUGUGUAGCGGAAAUCUCAAUUUGGACCAUAUUCCAACCAAAAGAGAACCCUAAAUUGCCACUAGCUACCUUUUAUGGCAAUGAGGAUUUAAAGUGCAGUUGUACACAAAUUCUAGUUACCAGUGUAUGAGGAAGUAGACUUUAAUUUUGAUCUUCCAUCAUUUUUAGUCUUGAAGAUGUUGUCCAAAAUUUUGAUUUGAGUGGGACUCUUAUUGAUGUUCCUCUUGAUUAACUAUAGAAGAACUUAGAACAGAUAUUUGGAGGAAUGACUUCCACACUUAAUCUUGUGGAUUCGACUG